UAGAAAUGUGUCGGUACGGGUAGAAAAAAAUAGAAUUAAUAAAUAUAUUAGCACAAAAAAAAUAAUAUAAAUCUUAGUUCUUAUAUAAAUAAAAAGAAACUUUAUGUUGAUAACAAUUGUCAAAUUUAAGAAAAAGAAGUGAGUGUUUUUUUAUUUUAUCUUGCAAAAUUAUGUCAUAAACGAUUUUGUUCAUUUUGCAUAUGAAAAUUUUCUGGAAUUAAACGUGUAAAAAUUAUUUUUAAAUAUUUUAUGUAAAAAUAUGAAAUAUAUUAUACUCGAUCAUUUCCUAUAAUCAUAAAAUACAAUAUAUUUCAAAGAAACGAAAAAGAAAAAGUAAAUUUAUUUUUUCAAAGCGAAACUCAAUUUGAAAACAAAAAAAAACAACCUAUAAUAUAUUUAAUACUUUUUUAAAAAUUAUUUUGUAAAUAAGUAAAUCAACAUUUAGAAUAAAUUUAAAAUUACUGCAAAAUGAUUGGUAAAUUAUUUCAUGCUCAUGGUGAAUUUUGCGCAUCACAUCCUUGGGAAGUAAUUGUCGCUUUAUUAACUGUAACAGCAUGUAUUAUAUCAGUUGACAGAAAUAGUAUUAGUAGUAGUAGUGAUAGUACAACAACAACAACUUCAUCAACAGCAUAUUUAUCACGUCAUCGACCAUGCCAAGGUUGGAGAGAAUCAUGUGAAGGACUUGAAGCUGAAUAUAAUGCUGCUGAUGUUAUAUUAAUGACAAUUGUAAGAUGUUCAGCCGUCUUAUAUUGUUAUUAUCAAUUUUGUAGUUUACAUAAACUUGGUUGUAAAUAUAUUUUAGGAAUCGCUGGAUUAUUUACUGUUUUUUCUAGUUUCAUUUUUACAACUAGUAUUAUCAAAUUUUUGGGGAGCGAUAUAACAGAUUUGAAAGAUGCAAUUUUCUUUUUGCUUUUAUUAAUUGAUUUAUCAAAUUCUGGUACGUUAGCUCAAUUAGCAUUAUAUGGAACAAAUCAAGCUGAAGUAACACGAAAUAUUGCUAAGGGAAUGGAAAUUUUAGGUCCAGCUAUUUCUUUAGAUACUAUCGUUGAAACUUUAGUAAUAGGUGUAGGAACAUUAUCUGGUGUUCAAAGAUUAGAAAUCUUAUGUACAUUUGCUGUGAUGUCUGUCAUUGUUAAUUACAUAGUAUUUAUGACGUUUUAUCCAGCAUGUUUAUCAUUAAUAUUAGAUUUAACAAGAAAUGGUGUCGAUAUGACAUUAGUCAAAGUAAAAGCAAAGGAUUCUUUUUUAAUGAAAACUCUAAGUGAAGAAGAACAAAAAACAAAUCCAGUUGUCCAGAGAGUAAAAGUUAUAAUGUCAACAGGUCUAAUGAUUGUACAUGUUUAUAGUCGUGUUGCAUUUUCUGAAAAAGAAUAUAAUCCAGUUGAUAGUGUGCAUUCGAAAUUACAAACAUUAAAUGUGCCAAAUAAUAAAACUGAAUCUCAAGAAUUUUCUGAUUUGAUAAUUAAGUGGUUGACAAUGAGCGCUGAUCAAAUAGUUAUUUUAAUUUUAUUAAUUGCUUUAGUUGUAAAAUUCAUAUUCUUCGAAAAUCGGAAUGAAAUACGUGACCAAUUAAUGUUUGUAGCUGAUAAUUUUCAUCAGGAGCAGAAAUUAAAACUUCAAAAUCAAAUGCAACAAAAUGUGGUUAUAUCACAGAAUAACCUAUUACAACCCCAAACACUUCAACCAUCAAUCACAUCAUCAUCACAGUCAAACAAAUCAUUUGAAAGUAAAUCGAUUGUAGUACCAACUAUUAUACGUAAGAAACCACUUUUUAAGAUUACGGAAGAUACUUUAAUUAAUGAGGCAACUCAAACCGAUGACAAUAUAGAUUGUGAUAAGGUAGAUGACAAUAAUGAUAACAUAAUUUUAUACAGUAAACGUAAUUUACCACCAAGAACUCUUAAUGAAUGCUUAGAGAUUUUAAAUUCUGAUGAAGGUGCUUCUAAUUUAUCUGAUGAUGAAAUUAUACAAAUAGUUAAAUUUGGUGCUGGACAUUGUCCACUAUAUAAUAUUGAAUCUGUAAUUAAUCAUCCUGAAAGAGGCGUUAAAAUUCGUAGGAAAAUUGUUAGUAGUCAAGCAAAUUUACCAGAAGAUAUUUUAUCAAAUUUACCAUAUCAAAAUUUUGAUUAUACCAAAGUAAUGAAUGCGUGUUGUGAAAAUGUAUUGGGAUAUGUACCCAUUCCAAUAGGAUAUGCGGGGCCUUUAUUGCUUGAUGGAAAACGAUAUUUUGUACCAAUGGCAACAACGGAGGGGGCCCUUGUAGCGAGUACUAAUCGUGGUUGUAAAGCUUUAUCUGUAAAGGGCGUUACAAGUGUUGUAGAAGAUGUUGGUAUGACACGUGCACCAUGUGUGCGGUUCUUAAGUGUUGCCAGAGCUGCUGAAGCCAAACAAUGGAUAAAUAGCGAAGAAAAUUAUAAGAAAAUUAAGCAAGAAUUUGAUUCUACGAGUCGUUUUGGUCGCCUAAAAGAGCUUUUAAUUGCCAUGGAUGGUCCAAAUUUAUAUAUUCGAUUUGUUGCAUUAACUGGUGAUGCUAUGGGUAUGAAUAUGGUAUCAAAAGGUGCGGAAAUGGCAUUAAAAUGUAUAAAACGAGAGUUUCCAGACAUGCAAAUUGUGUCACUAAGUGGUAACUUCUGUUCAGAUAAAAAACCAGCUGCAAUCAAUUGGAUUAAGGGUCGCGGUAAAAGAGUUGUAACUGAAUGCGUUAUACCUGCUGCUGUAUUAAAAGCAAUUUUAAAAACAGAUGCUAAAACUCUAGUUGAAUGUAAUAAAAUAAAAAAUAUGUCUGGAAGUGCUUUAGCAGGAAGCAUAGGAGGAAAUAAUGCACAUGCUGCUAACAUGGUCACAGCAGUUUUCAUUGCAACCGGGCAAGAUCCAGCACAAAACGUUACAUCUAGUAAUUGUUCAACCGGUAUGGAAUUCUGCGGAAUAAAUAACGAAGAUUUAUAUAUGACAUGUACAAUGCCCUCACUUGAGGUAGGAACUGUCGGUGGUGGCACUGGUCUUCCUGGUCAAAGUGCAUGCUUAGAAUUAUUAGGAGUACGCGGUGCUAACCAAAAUUGUCCAGGCGAAAAUGCAAAAAAAUUAGCCCAAAUUAUAUGUGCAACAGUUAUGGCAGGAGAAUUAAGUUUAAUGGCAGCUUUAGUAAAUAGCGAUUUAGUUAAGAGUCACAUGCGGCAUAAUAGAUCUUCAGUAGCAGCGAUAUCUGCAUUAUUAUCGAAUACUCAGAAUUCCUCCAGUAAUAGUCUUAGUUAAGAAAAAAUUUUUAAUUAAAAAAAAUGUUAUUUAAAUUAUUAAAAUAUAUUGUUAAUUUUUUUUAUUUUCAUUUCCAUCACUUGAAUGAAAUUAAUAUUCAUUUUUCAUAUUAUUUUAUAUAAUGCUUUAUAAAUGUUUCAACUUUACUGAAACAGAAAGAGCUUGUACUGUUUCCUUUUAAUGUUAUAAAUUAAAUAAAUAUUUUAGAAAUUUUAUUGUUUCCAAAUUUAAAAAAUAUUGUAUUAGUGCAUAAUGUUAAUCGAUAAAUUUUACCCAGUACGAAGGAAAAUAAAUAAAAUGUUUAUUUAGUUCCUUAUAUACAUAGUUAAAUAUAUUAUUAUGUAUGAAAUAUCUAAAAGUUGAA